AUGAACUUAUUGAUACAGGAUUACUUGAUAAUUCUGAAUCAGAAUAUGAAUGAAAUGAUAGUGAUACAGAAAAUGUUGAUACAGAUGACAAAAUAUUGGAGUUUUUUAAGUCGUUUAGAUGGAAAAAUACUAGAUGAAAUAGAUCCUAUUCAGGAAACCUUCAAAUAUAGGAAGACUGAGGUGAUCAUUGAUGAUAAGAAGACAAUCGAUAAGAAAAUCCUGAACACCAGAAAAAUAAAAAUUAGAUCAGAUUCAAAUUUUAUCAGAAAAAUAAAAUUGAUAUCAGAAUCAAACAUUAUCAGGAAAUCAGAUUCAAAUUUCAUCAGAAAUAGAAAAUUCAUAUCAGACUCAGAAAUCGAAAAAAUCGCGGAUUACGUGGGUUCAGAAAAUUUUACUAAAAUUUUAUCCAAAGAUUUUAGGAAAAGAAGAAAGUUAAAAAAUUUUUAA